AUUCACUAUGAUGCUCGCCUAGCUGUGAGGAGCUUCUUGUGCCCGGCUCCCCUUGUGUGCGUAAAACUUUCUAAUGAAAUCCCAAAUUAAUUUUUGACCAAUUUAGAAUUCGUUCUACUUAGGGUCAAGAGGGAUUCAAGACACUCAAAGAACUUUCCCUGCUAAAGAAAACUCAGAAUCAUGGAGCCCAUUUCUACGGCGGGAGGGGCUGAGGAAGAGCACCAUGGAAACUUCUCACCAAAUCCAUCUGCAGAGGCGCCGCCUGGAAAGCACGCAGUGUCAGAGGCCUUGGAAGAGGUGCAGGAGGAGUUGAUAGAACAUCAACCUCUGGAGCAGGAAGACCUGAACUUUGAGAAAUGGAAGCCCAAGCCCAAACCUAAGAGAACGCUCCACGAGAAAGCAGGCGAUGUGAAGACAUAUCUAUGGAACGCAGAGACCAGAGAGUUCAUGGGCCGCACUGGGCAUAGCUGGUUUCUGAUCAUCCUCUUCUACACGGCACUGUAUGCAUUCCUGGCGGCCAUGUUUGGUGCCUGUAUGUGGUGCCUCAUGCUGUCUAUCAGCCCCUACCAUCCAACCCACAACGACAGGGUGAUGCCACCAGGUAUGACGAUGUCCCCACAACUGGAUGGGCACUAUGAGAUCGCCUUCAAUGCAUCUGACCGCAAGUCUUGGAAGAAGUAUGCAAAGCUAAUGGAAGAACAACUAAGACCAUACAAUGACGCCGUGCAGGAGCAGAGGAACAUCCAGUGUCCGCAGGACGCGUACUUCAUGCAGGAUGAACAAGGGGAAAGCGCAGAGAGGAAGGCGUGCCAGUUCAAGAGGUCCUGGCUGGGCGAGUGCUCGGGGCUCCAGGACCCCCACUUUGGAUUCUCCCAGGGGAAACCCUGCAUCCUCCUCCGAAUGAACCGGAUACUGGGCUAUUUACCUGGCCAUGGCACUCCUGUAAACGUGACCUGUGGAGUCAAGAAAGGUGCGCCAGAAAGCUUAGGAGAACUUCAGUUCUUCCCAAAAAGCAUUUUCAACCUGAUGUACUACCCUUACUAUGGGAAGCUGAGACAUGUGAACUACACAGCACCGGUGGUGGCCGUGCGUUUCAAUGGGCUGCAGUAUGACACCCACAUUGUUGUAAAAUGCAAACUCAAUGGCAAGGGCAUCAUCAAUGAUUCGCCUACCGAUCGCUUCCUAGGCAGUGUGUCCUUCUCCUUCGAUGUGGGCGCAUAGUAGUAUUCCCCAUGCUGAAUGCUGUCCCCAUGACAACCAGGAGACAAGAGAAUAUAGGAAAAAAUCUCAUUAUGUUGAAUCCUUGUUUUGCAUAAAAUAGUUGACCAGCUUCUCUCUUCUCCCAAUUCCUCAUGUACUCUUGUGCCUUUUGCUGAAAAAAGCAAUCAUUUGGAAUGUUAAUGGAUCAUAAGCACACACACACACGACACACACACCUCACCGAUAGUCUUGAGCACAAGCUAAGUAUAGAAACUGAAUAUUACCAUUGAAUACUUAGCUAGAUUAAUGCCACUAGCUAGGUUUAUGAAACACAAGGCUCAUCUCACAGGUAGUUCGUCUCUGUAGCUAUGCAAUUUAUAAUUUAAGACAUUAUUAAUAUACAUAAAUACCCACUGUACAAUAAGGAUAUAAGAGGAACAUGUUAAGCACAUUUUGAUUUUAAAUCAAAUUGUGUACUAAUUUCUUUUGAGUUUGUACUUUUCAACAGCAUUUCUAUUGUGUUUUGUAGACUCCAAGGGCUACAAUAUGAAGAAUGGUGAAGGCAGGACACUUUUACUUACACAGUAAGAUAAACAGUAAAUGACUAGGUUACAUUUCAGGUUUUACAUAGUAAGCUAAACAGUAAAUGACUAGGUUAAAUUUCAAUAAGAUAAACAGUAAAUGACUAGGUUACAUUUCAGUAAGAUAAACAGUAAAUUACUAGGUUCAAUUUCAAUAAGAUAAACAGUAAAUGACUAGGUUACAUUUCAGUAAGAUAAACAGUAAAUGACUAGGUUAAAUUUCAAUAAGAUUAACAGUAAAUUACUAGGUUACAUUUCAGUAAGAUAAACAGUAAAUGACUAGGUUACAUUUCAGUAAGAUAAACAGUAAAUGACUAGGUUACAUUUCAGGUUAUAUUGUUUUUUGAUAGCUCCUUAUUCUACAUUUAUUGAUAAUAUACAUUGAGUGUACAAAACAUUAAUAUUGAGUUGCACCCCCGUUUGCUCUCAUAACAGCCUCAAUUUGUUGGGGCAUGGGCUCUACAAGGUGUCGAAAGCAUUCCACAGGGAUGCUGGCCCACGUUGCUCCAAUGCUUCCCACAAUUAUGUCAAGUUGGCUGGAUGUCCUUUAGGUAGUGGACCAUUGUUGAUACACAUGGGAAACUAUUGAGUGUGAAAAACCCAGCAGCGUUGCAGUUCUUGACACAAACCGGUGUGCCUGGCACCUACUACCAUACCCUGUUCAAAGGCACUGAAAUCUUUUGUCUUGCCCAUUCACCCUUUGAAUGGCACACAUACACAAUCCAUGUCUCAAUUGUCUCAAGGCUUAAAAAUCCAUAUUUAACCUGUCUCAUCCCCUUCAUCUACACGGAUUGAAGUGGAUUUAACAAGGGAUCAUAGCUUUCACCUGGAUUUACCUGGUCAGUCUAUGUCAUGGAAAGAACCGGUGUUCUUAAUGUUUUGUAUACUCAGUGUAUGCUGCCAUUUUGUUUUAUUUUGUAUGAACACAAGACUGCUACUGAGACUGUAAUACUGCAGGCUGACUUUGAUCUCUAUAUUAGCUGAUGGGAAGUAAGAUCUACUGUGGAAACCGACAGAGGUCACAUUGUUGCUAAACUUGUACGCCAGUCUUGCACACUCUUCAUGAAAUAACAGGCUAUUUUGAUUUAGGCCUAGAAUUAAUCCUUGUUACUGUACCUUUGCUAUGAUUCUACUAAACCUGGUAUCCAUGUAUUUAUUCUGAUAUAUACUAUAAUAAAUACAAUGUUGAUAAGAA